AUGUGUUCCGACGUUCAUUCCCAACCAAAAGAAGACCAAUGUGCUUUCGUCAGAAACCACUGUGAUCCCGAGGAAUACAACGUUGGUAUGCUUCACCAUUUAUCCAUGCACUACUGUUGGUCAAAUCUGUGGAAACGUAUUGGAACCAUGUUAUCAGCCAUUGUAUUGGGUUUACUGUUCUUAGGUCUAGGUUCUACUGCGUCGGACUACUUAUGUCCAAACUUGUACUCCAUUUCCAAGUUGCUCAAUAUGUCUGAUAAUUUGGCUGGGUUGACCCUUCUUGCAUUGGGUAAUAGUGCACCUGAUGUUCUCAGCACCUAUAGAGCAAUGAGCUUAGGGUCUGCAAGUCUUGCAUUGUCAGAGCUAUUGGGAGCAGCCUUCUUCAUCAAUUCAGUGAUCAUUGGGUCUGUGGCUGUCAUAAGCCCUACAGAAGUCAAACGGAAUCUUUUUGUAAGAGAUUCAACCAUGUUCCUCUUGGUGUCAGUUGUGAUGUUCUACAUUGUAUUUCGUUCUAAAAUCACGAUUUCCAAUUGCAUAUUAUUACUUUCAUUAUACAUGGCUUAUGUGUUUGUUGUUAUCUUGUCUCAUUCCGUGAUUAGAAAGAGAGUAAGAAAGCACUUGCAGCAAGUACGUUCUCGAAGCAGAUUCUCCAGAGAAGAGUCUUAUGAAAGAACAAUCCAAAGCAUUGACCAGGUUUACCUAGAUGAUUUCGUUCAUCUUCCCACUAUUGAUUCAAUGGUGGUGGUUAACCCUCCUCCAUCUGAGCAAAGGUUGGAACAUGAAGAUGAGGAAGACGAAGACGAGGCUGAGGCUGAAGAAAACCAGCUCAGUCUGAUUCUUAGCUCAGACUCCAAUACCUUGAAAAGACCGUUAUUGCCUAAAACAAGAUCUUCCGAGCCUUCUUCUCAUGGGUCUAUCCGAUUAGAAGACCCAGGUUUGAGUUCGGGACUGGACCCACAUGCUCAUGUUAACGGAGAUAUUAAUUAUGAGAACAGUGAUGACUUUGUUGCGCAAUUUGUGGGAUAUGAAACAAGAAGAAGACUUUCAGUUUCAAGCUUGAAUAAGACCCAUGCUCGUCUUCUUCUACCUGAAGCCACAGGAUUUAACAAUUUGGAUAUCCUAAGUAAAGUCUUGUUCAUUGCUUCAUAUCCCAUCUCCAUCUUUCUCCGUCUUUCGACACCAUCAAGAGACUAUACUCUCACAGAAUUCUUAAUUCAACAAUAUAAGAAGAGUCGUCGUAUGGCUGAGUUUCCUAAUGAAAGCCAAACCACGUUCGAACUCGAUGACUUUGAUUUUGAUUUUGCAUUCGAUAAGAAAUUGUUGACUAUACAGACAUUUUUUGGGACAGCAAGUGCAUAUGGACUUUUAGUAGGACAUGAUACUUAUAAAUCAUAUCCUAUACUGCUACUUCUUUCAGCAGCUACAGCAUAUGUGGUUUCCUUCUAUUAUCCAACUGUAUUGAAUGACUAUAGGGCCAUUUCAAAGCUAAUCAGGAUUAACAAAUUUUGUACUGGGUUGGGGUUCAUAGUGUCCAUAAGUUGGAUCUCGUCGUUUGCUACCGAGGUCAUAGCCAUUUUGAAAACGGUUUCAUUGGUCUAUGGACUUAGUGAUGAAGUCUUGGGAGUAACAGUUUUUGCAUUGGGAAACUCGAUUGGAGAUUUCGUAUCAAAUAUAACUAUUGCCAAAGGUGGUUCACCAUUAAUGGCAUUUGGUGCGUGUUUUGGAGGUCCUCUUAUUUCCAUGUGUUCCUUAGGGGUUAGUGCGUUGAUUGUUUUAUCUUCAAGUGGGAAAUCAGUCUAUGAAGUGGAGAUCUCAUCUUCGUUACUCUUAUUCUGUGGGUUUCUUGUCAUUAACGUUGCCCUCACAAUUGCGGGCAUACUAUUUAAUAAUUGGAUGUUAGAUAAAAAAAUUGGUACUGUGUUGAUUCUAAAUUGGGUAAUAGCUUCAGCAAUCUGUAUUCUACGGAGAUGA